AUGUCUGAUUUGCCUAAAGAUGCCCUGUACCAGAUCUUUGCAAGGUUGCCCAUCAAAUCUUUAGCUCGUUUUCGAUGUGUAUGCAAACUAUGGUGUAACUACAUUGAUGAUCCUUACCUUGCAAGCAUUAAUGUCAAACAAACCAUACCAAUGAUGUUACACCAAUACCAUAGUCUUCCCGAACAGUCGGCAGGCAGAGAGUUCAACAUCAUCGAAUCAGAAGAAGGUAAUAGUACUAUUUUCAAGGUGAAACAAGACCCGAUUUAUAGGUUUCAGUGUAACAGAGAUCCGAUCGUGGAUAUAGGUAUUUGCAAUGGGAUGAUCUUCUUCUCACAAUAUGACAUUAGCAGUUGUACUCAUUUUUCCGUGAUCCAUCCUCUAAGGAAAGAACGGUACGAGUUGCCAUUCCUUGAUCUUCAGUUUCCUUUAAGUUGUCCAAAUGCAUAUGGGCUUGGUUUUGAUGAUUCUACCAAAACCUUCAAGGUGGUGUGUCUUUUUGAUAGAGAUCCAAUAUCAACGGAUAGCUGGGGCGGUUUAUGGGCCAUGGUUCAUGUAUUGGGCACAUACUGGUGGCGAAAGAUACCUCAUAUCCCGGAUUGUUCUCUGAUGCAGGGUCAAGGUGUAUUUGUUAAAGGACUCUUGCAUUGGGUCAAUGAUCUGGGAAAGGACACUCUGACAUACGCAAAGUAA